AUGCGCUUCUCGCUCUCCGCUCGUGGUGGGAGCCGUGCGCUGUCUCGACUGGAAACGGUACGGCAAGCCAGGAGGCUGUCUACCCAGCGUCCCCCGUUCUUGAGGGUGCACGAGGAGGUAGAAGAUGCCUUAAAGUCUGGAAAGCCCGUGGUAGCUCUUGAGACGACAAUCUAUACCCAUGGCUAUCCAUAUCCUGACAAUGUCUCACUCUCCUCACGCCUCGAGUCUCUCGUCCGCGUCAAUGGCGGCAUCCCCGCGACCAUCGGCAUUCUAGAUGGUGUUGCAUAUGUUGGUAUGGAGCCGGAAGAAAUCAUACGCCUCGUAUCUACGGCAGGCAACGACAAAACACUCAAAGUCUCACGUAGAGACCUAGCAUACAUUACUGGCCUAGGGCUAAGAGGCAGGAAGCUGAACGGCGGAACUACAAUAUCUGGGACCAUGGUUCUCGCACACCUGGCUGGCAUCAAGGUCUUCGCUACAGGAGGCCUAGGCGGUGUGCAUCGUGGCGGCGAGGACAGUAUGGACGUUUCUGCUGACUUGACUGAGCUGGGUCGCACGCCAGUAGCGGUCAUUGCUUCUGGCUGCAAGAGUAUUUUGGACAUUGGCAGAACCAUCGAGUACCUAGAGACUCAAGGUGUCAGUGUGGGCACCUUUGCCGACGGGCGACCAGGCAAAGUCGACUUUCCCGCUUUUUGGGCAAGAGAUAGUGGCUUCAAAAGCCCCCUUACAAUCCAGGAUGAAGUUGACGCAGCAGCUAUGAUCUAUGCCCAGUCGCAGCUACCUGUCCAUUCUGGCCUUUUCUUCGCCAACCCUGUGCCGGUAGAGUCGGCUUUGCAAAGGGACCAAGUUGAUGGCUAUAUUGCUCAGGCGGUUGCAGAGGCAGAGCAGCAGGCAAUCACAGGCAGCGCCAACACACCCUUUCUGUUAAAGAGGAUUCGAGAGUUGAGCAAAGGAGUGACUGUCACUGCCAACACGGCUCUUGUGGAGGCAAAUGUUAUUAGGGGCACACGGAUCGCUGUGGAGCUUGCGAAACUGGAGAAGCAUGGGAGUUACGCCCAAGAAGGUGUCACGGUCUCGGGUCCCGUAAAUGCGGUCUCAGAGAACAAUGUAGGCACAACGAAGACCGCACCUCCCCAAGUUGACAUUCUCGUCGCGGGCGCCAUUGCUAGCGAUACACUCUGCGACUAUGCUCCUUUCGUAUCGAGUUCUGACCCAUCGCCUGUGUUGCAAACCUCGAAUCCAGCCAGCAUCGCGCAAUCUUCAGGUGGUGUGGGUAGAAAUGUGACACUGGCGGCCCACUACGCUGGAGCCAAGGUGGCUCUCGCUGGUGUUGUAGCUGACGACAUUGCUGGUCAGUCACUCAUCGAGCACAUGGCUCGUGGUGGCUUCGUCACAGACUACAUUCGGACGCUUAAGACAACGGAUGGCGCAAGAACGGCGCAAUAUGUGGCAGUCAACGAUGCAAAGAAAGACCUGGUCCUAGCUAUGGCAGAUAUGUCUAUCCUGACCCGACCAGAGCUCGAGCAGCAGGCAUAUUGGGAUGAUGUUCUCCAGAAAGCCAAGCCUAAAUAUCUGGUCAUCGACGGCAACUGGUCUGCCCGGAUCAUGUCAACGAUCUUUGCGUCCGCACGCGCCAACGGCGUUCCUGUCCCAGUCUUUGAGCCAGUCUCUACCGCCAAAUCCAUAACACCAUUCGACAAAGAACACCCAUCAAUCAGAGUCACCCGCUGCUUCCCUUCGCACGACCUUGCCUUUGCAACGCCGAACCAAUUCGAGCUCAGGGCCAUGCACACUGCCGCAAGAGAGCGCGGCUAUUUCGAUUCGCAGGCUUGGUGGACAGUCAUCGACAGCUUUGGCCUGUCCAGUUUGACCAGCCGCGAUAGAUUCAUCUCCGUCACCUCGCCAGAGCUGGUGGAUCAGGGCAUCCCGCAGCAAUGCAUGCAACUCUUGCCAUAUAUUCCCAGCAUAGUCACGAAGCUGGGUUCGCAGGGCUGUCUCCUGACCGAGAUCCUUCCGCCAAACGAUCCAAAGCUGCGAGACCCAGAUACUGCUCCCUACAUCGUGGCAAGAUGCUUCGAUGGCGAAACGACGGGGAUCGGAGGCGUGUACAUGCGGAUGUUCCCCGUUGAGCAAGAUGUUCCAGCCGAGGAUGUUGUCAGUGUGAACGGUAUUGGCGACACUAUGCUCGGCGUCAUCAUGUCUUCGCUGGCCCAUGAACCAUCCCUUGAGCGAGCCAUUUCUAGAGCGCAAUAUGCGGCAAUGUUGUCCUUGAAAAGCCCGGAGGCUGUGUCCCUUAAAAUUCAGGAACUUGGUCGUCUCACGAAGUAG